AACGCGCUUUUCUCACAUGACGUUACCCAGCAUUCUGCGGGCGAGCUCACAGAGAUCGUCAGAAGAUCAAGGAAGAAGAUGCGGGAAGCCCCAGAAAUGGAUUACGAGGUUGUGUUUGCAACCUUGGAGAAAGUGUGCCAAGACAACAUCUCUGUUUUUUGCGGGCCUUCUCGUUUGCCACACGGCACUGCUGUUGAGCGUCUGGUCACUUGUGUGAAACAGAUUCAGGAACAUGGUCGAGCCCUGGAGCCUGUAGUAACCAGCUUCACCGCCGUCUAUCACCAUUAUGACUUUGAUGCACAAACACCCGGGAAUGGCUACCGCACGCUGGUCAAGGUCUUGGAGGCUUGCCUUUUGCACAUCAUCCACAAAGCCCGUUACAUUGCCUCCAGUUACAGCAACCCCUUCUUCAGGGUUGACCACAACACGUCUGAGAUGGAGGCGUACUGCAGCGCCCUUUGCCAGCUCCGAGCUCUUCUCCAUCUCGCCCAGCAGCUGAUCAACGACAACGACUGUGGCCAGCUGUACUCCCUGCAGGACAAGGACCUGAGCCGCAGCUUUGUGCAGGAGUACUCCUCCAUGCACAAAGCGUGUUUCUACGGCCGCUGUCUGGGCUUUCAGUACUCCCCUUCCAUUCGCCCGUUCCUGCAGACUGUUGUCAUAAGUAUGGUUUCAUAUGGAGAAACCUAUGGUAAACAACAGUCUGGCUUAGGAACAGCAGCCUUGUCUCUCCUCACAUCAGGGAAGUAUGUUAUUGAUCCAGAGCUCCGGGGCGCUGAGUUUGAGCGCAUUACCCAGAAUCUGGACAUGCAGUUCUGGAAGUCCUUCUGGAACCUCACAGAGUCCGGCCUAUUAACAGGCUUCAACAGAAUAGCCUCCAAACAAGUGCAAGUAAACUUCACCAUGACCGUGCCUCCAGUCACUCUACGCCUUCCUCUGGCCUCCGACCCCAGGCUGUCUGUCACCGUGUCACCUCCAAUAGCUCACUGGGGCCCCGGGCCAGUCCACAUGCGUCUGAUCUCCUAUGAACUCCGAGAAGGACAGGACAGUGAAGAGCUUCUAGUUUUGUCCCGUGCUAAGCCUCCCCCCAUCUCCACCCAUCUGCCCUGGGUACAGAAACAGCCUCGCUCCCCCUGGCUGCUCAUCCACUUCCAUGGAGGGGGCUUUGUGGCCCAGACUUCGAAAUCUCACGAGAACUAUCUUCGCAGCUGGUCGAAGGAGCUGAAUGUCCCGGUGCUCUCCGUCGACUACUCUCUGUCACCUGAAGCACCCUUUCCCAGAGCUCUAGAGGAAUGUUUUUACGCCUACUGCUGGGCACUGAAUAACUGUCACCUGCUGGGCUCCACUGCAGAGCGAGUUUGUCUGGCAGGCGACAGUGCUGGAGGGAAUCUCUGCAUCACCGUGUCCAUGAAGGCCAUAUCCACCGGCAUCCGAAUCCCUGACGGCAUUAUGGCCGCCUACCCCGCCACUUUGCUCACCACCGAUGCUUCACCCUCCCGCCUGCUCACUCUCAUUGACCCGCUGUUGCCUCUAGGUGUACUCACCAAGUGCAUUAAUGCUUAUGCAGGUAUAGACUACCAGACGGUGCAGCCUGCAAUGGGGAGCAGCACUCUGAGCACUCUGAGUAGAGACACGGCCAUGCUGCUCAGUGAUCUCACUCAGGGUGCCUCUAACUGGAUCCAGUCCUUUCUGGACCCAAGGCGGACUUCAGGUCGCUCGCUCUCCCGCUCGUCUUCACAGAGACAGACUGAAACCCACAUGUCCAACCAAGCUUCCGUACCCAACUCUGGAGCUCAGCUUUGUUACCCACAAGGCUUUGAGCCUCUGCGCUCUGAGUCUCUUGCUAUGGUUAACCCAACAUCCUGUCCAGUUAUAAAGAAUCCAUUUGUGUCACCCCUGCUGGCUCCCAACAGCAUGCUGAAAGGCCUGCCACCUGUGCACAUAGUGGCCUCUGCUCUCGAUGCCCUGCUGGACGACUCUGUGAUGUUUGCCAAGAAGCUUCGAGACAUGGGCCAACCUGUGAGUCUGACAGUGGCGAAGGACCUCCCACAUGGUUUCCUCAGCCUGUACCAGCUCUCCAAGGAGACGGAUGUGGCUGCAGAAGUCUGCGUAGCACGAAUAAGGGAGGUUUUUGAGCAAGAAAACCCACCGCACGAUCUUGUGGAAGAGACUUAAUUAAACAUGUGUUAAGAGUGCCAACUUAUCGGGAUGACUGAUCCAAUAUUCUUGGGACUUCUAAAUAAAGAAAAAAAAGAGAGAGAAAGAUCUGACAGAAAAGUGAAAAAGAAACAAAUGAGGAGGAAUUACAAGCACAAAGUGGAGGAAGCUUUGUCGUUCUGCACUUUAACCCCGCACAGCGUUUUCUGUAGGUAGUGGCGUUCAAGAGAACCACUGAAAACUUCUUACAACCAGCUUUAAUAGGAUCCUAAUAAUAAUAACGACAAAAAACAUAGUUAUGAAGUAUUUUUCUACCAGGAUUUACAUGUUUACAAUCUGUUGCACAUUCAGAGUAUCACAGACUGACAGAAAUUUAACUCAGAAAAUCACAAUAACCAGCUCUUGUAGUAAUUUAUCACCUGAUGGAAGAUUUCUGAAGUCGGUAAGCUGCUGUGCCUAAAAUUCAAAGCUGUCUAAACAUAUAUGAUCUAAGUUAGAAACACUUUAUUUCACAAUGCCUACGUCAAACUGACCGGUGUUAAUGGUUUACUUGUAUAGGAAUCACCUUCCAGAUGCACUAUAGUAUUAUUAUUAUUAUUAUUAUUAUUAUUGUUGUUAUUUGGAUAAGGUGUGUCAUCUGUUUUGGGUUGUUGGGUUUUUUUGUUGUUUCUUUUUUUUACAGUUUGUUACAUGUUUACUUACCAUUAAAAAGGCCUUCACCUUGUAUUUACCAGCAGUAUCUGGUACCAGCGUGAAAGUAACUUUAUAAGGUGUAAAUUAACUGUUUUAUCAUGUUGUUAUUCUUUCACAACUGUUGAAUAAAACUACACUCUGAA